CAUUCUACUCACACUACAUCCCACUAGAUGGCAGAAAUACACCAAAAGCUGGUUUACCAACCGCCAUUAAACACAAAAGAAGAGGAAGAAUGACGUCAGCUGGCGGAGCCUGUCAAUGCGGUAGUGACAGCGAAGGAACGCACUGACUGGCAAAGCAAUCUGGACUGGUCAAACCUGAGAUUGAAACUAAUCUAAAACCCGGGCUGAAGGCGAUCGGAGGACAGCCCGAGGUCGAAGAACAGCAUGGGGAACGCAGAGAGUGGCUGUGGCCCUGGGAGCGGCGAUGAGGAGGAUGUAGAAACGGAGAGCCCGGUGUUCGCCGAUGGCAGCCCGGCCUCUGCGGCCACAGGAAACAGGGCUGGCAGCGGAGGUGGCGGCGGCGGUGGAGGAGCAGGCUCCGGUCCGGGAAGAAGCGGAAAAGGGUCGACGAACACGCCGACACCGAGCUAUGGACUGCCCACGCCCGAAGCUUUACUCGAGCAGGUGAAACUAAGAGAGGCGGCGGCCCGUAUGAGCGACUCGUGGGUCGCCAUUUCGGAGUCGGUGUUGGCGCGGAACGACAGCGCUCUGGUGCGGUGGCUGGAGGAGCGGCUGAGCCGCGGUGAGGAGUCCGUAACACUGGAGCAGUUCUGCGAGAUGCUGGAGAGCAGAGACGCGCCAAGAGAUGAGUGCGAGGAGGCCUUUGGUCAGUUCGAUGCUGAGGGUGAUGGGAUUGUUGAUGUGGAGAACAUGCUCAUGGUACUAAAGAACUCCAAUGGAGCCAAUCUGCAGGGAGAACUUAGUCAUGUGAUCAGACAGCUCCAGGCGUGCUCUCUGACACCAGGAUUUGUGGAUAUAUUCUCCAAGUCCAAAGAUCGUCUUAAAACACAUGCCUCCAAGAUCCUGAAGUUCUUGCACAGGAAUCGCAUCCCCAGCAGUUCCAUCCCAUUUCCUGUGCUGGAGGGCUACAACAGCAUCUGCACUAUGAGGUCAUCUGUAGUGCAAGACUUCCUGGAAUACUUACUGCAGAAAGAGAAAGAUCUUGACAUCCAAUACAGAUCGGAAUUGAAUCAUGACCCGGACGUGGAUAAGGUCAAAGUUGUCAGCCAGUGUUACAGUUCUAUUGAGGCUUCGUCUAACAGUGCUGACAUCCACAAAAUGACCAAUGGAGAGACUGUGUCUUUCUGGCAGUCAGACGGCAGCGCUCGCUCACACUGGAUAAGGUUAAAAAUGAAGCCAGAUAUAGUUUUGAGACGUCUGGCCAUUGCGGUAGCAUCAAAUGACCACAGCUACAUGCCUCAGCUGGUGUCUAUAGCUGUGGGGAAGAACCGUCGGUCCCUGCAGGAGAUCAGGGACGUGAGGAUUCCCAGUAAUGUCACGGGAUACGUACCGUUGCUGGACAAUGCCAACAUCACCCAUCCCUAUAUUCAGAUAAACAUUAAGCGUUGCCUGAGUGAUGGCUGUGACACGCGUAUUCACGGUCUGAAGACAAUGGGCUACCAGAUCACCAAGAGCAAAGAGGUUUCGGUAUCCGACGCCUCGGCUAUAUGGUAUCUGUCACUCCUCACAUCUCUGGUCACUGCGUCCAUGGAAACAAACCCGGUGCUUGCGCAGACCGUCUUACAGAGCACACAGAAAGCCUUACAGCACAUGCCCCCUCUCUCCUUAACACCGUCUUCAACAGAGUUUCCUAAAUUUUUCUCUGCAAACAUUCUAGAGGAGGUGGAUGGAUUUUUACUGCGCAUAGCAGACUGCUGUGUGUCUCCUGAAGCUGAGCUGACUCUACUCGCGUUUGCUUUGGCUCGUGGCAGCGUUGCUAAAGUCCUCAUCUCUCUGUCUGGUAUCUGUGAGCAUCUGGACUCCGAAUACAAAGCUUCCUCACUGCUGGCCUCCAUGGCCUCGGUUCGACUCAGGCUGCUCUACCGGAAUGGUAAACCCCUCCAGCUCCAUUUGCAGGCAUGUGAUGUCAAAAGUAAAGAGGAGAAGUCUGGUCCAGAAAACAUUCUGACAACAGAGACAAACACUGGAGAUGAAGUGGACACUUAUUUGGGACAUCCGUUUGGGCUUGCAGGUUUCCUGACAGAGAACGGAAAGAGGAAAGCCAGUGUGAUUUUGUCCACCGAAAACCAGAGCUGCUUUCAGGUCACACAGAUCAAGAUGAAAGUGCGUAAAGGAGCGAUCGGUGCUAAAUGCGGACUGGUGUUUGCUUACAAUGACAAUGAGGCCUUUGAUGCUGAUAAACACUUCAAAAGAUUCAAAAAGUAUGACAGCUGGGACUACAAAGACUACAAAGAAUUUGUCCAAGACAACACAAGGAUAUCGGAGACGAGUGAAGAUGAUCCGAUUGGUUGGUUUGAGCUGGAGGAGGACUGGAAUGAUGUGGAGAUCAAGCUACAGCAAUGUCGAGUAUCAAAAUUCCUGAUGGUGAAGUUCCUGUGUGCUAGACAGGACACAGCAGAGCGAUUGGGAGUUCAACAGAUGAGCUUCAGUGGCUAUUUGUGUCCAGACUCUGAGCGACUGGAGGAUGUCGAGGAUCUGAGCGCUCAGAGUGAGGAAAACGCAUCAGGCCUGAUCACAGGUCUCACACUCAUGAAGAGAACCCUUUUUUUCAUCCAGCAGCUCACCAGAGACAUGGAAUCGUCUUUGUCCAAGCAGAAAUCCCUGCUGGACUUCAGUGACCUCAACCUGCUCCUGUUCUGGGAUUUUUACAACAAACUCAGAUCUGUUGAGGGAGAGGAAGCGGUGAAGACUCGGGUUCUUCUUCUUCAGCUGUUUCAGAACUGCUUCCCAAUGAUGCCCAACCUGACUGAGGCUCAGCUGUCAGAUACAACAGCAUCUGCCUCACCCUCAGCCAGCACAGACGUGAGCCCUGCCGAAGCUGUCGGAGAGCUUUACGAGCACUUGUGUCAAGUGGUGGAUGGGCCUGAAGGAGAGACUGCGGUGGAGAAAGCUUUGAGGAAAGAAACCGUAAAAGCCAUUCUAAAUGGAGCUGCUAUCUUCUAUCCUAACAAGCAGUGCAGGAGAGACAAACUCUUUCAUAUGAUGAAAAACAUAACGGAGGAAAAUCAACCCGAGUCUGUGAGACUUACGUUCGAGUCACUCUGCAAUUACUUCAGCGAUCAAGACCCAAAAGGUCUCCUUUUGCUGCCCCCUAAAGGAGCCCCUGCUGACUUUGAUGUCUCACCCAUCCUGACCGUCAUGGACACUAUGCUCAUAGUGGCCAGUAGAGAGUGUGAAGUGUUGAUGUUGGGGUCCAGCAGAGGGUCCAUUUGGAGAGUCUUGCUGUCGCUCUUCUGGGCUCUCCAGGGCAGUCUGCUGUCCUGGUGCUUCUUACAGAUCAAAGGAGGAUCAAACACCUCUAUCGAACUGGCCCGGGAAGUCCUGCUCAAAUAUGUGGAGCAGUUCCUGGCAGGUACAAGAGACUUACUGGGCUCUCUUAUUAAGCGCUUCUCUGGAGCUGAUAUCAUGGAGAAACUCAGUGGAUCUAUCAUCGCCAUGGCAACCAGACAGCUGACAAUCUUUCUGCUGGAGCUGUGUGCUCUGGAUAUUCCUCAUUGUGUGCUGCUAAAGAGGUUUCACCCUCUGGCAGAUCUACUGAAGAAACUGUCCAAUGACAAGGAGGACAUCUUCUCUAAGGUUGAUAUGGAGGGCUGCCAGCAGUCUCAACAGCCUGUAAUAUUGAGGACGUGGCACAUGGAGUCCCCUCAUAACUAUGAGAACAGCAGACAUGAGACCACCGUCUUCGUCUGUCCCGGAGCCACUUCCUUCGAGGUGGAGUUUGAUGAUCGCUGUGAAACAGAGAAAAGAUACGACUAUCUGGAGUUCACUGAUGCUAGAGGAGGGAAAGUAAGAUACGACAUGAAGGUUGGCACAGAGAAAUGGCCAAAGAAAGUGACGUUUAAAGCGGGUCCCCAGCUGCAGUUUUUGUUUCACUCAGACAGCAGUAACAACGAGUGGGGUUACAAGUUUACCGUGACAGCGUACGGUCUGCCGGACAUCACCGUGUCUUGGACCUCUGACCUUCAGCUGCUUGUUUCCAGACUGAUGGGUCGUCUGGCCUCCCGCACCCUGGCUUUGAAAUCACCUUAUGAGAUCCGCGGUGUGAAGGAGUUGCCUGCAGGCUUGAUGAACCAUGUGCUGUCUUCUCCCCUAUGGAAGCCUCUCUUCAGACAUGGACUCAGUCAGUUUCCAGAGGACAAAGCAGCGGCCAGCGCAGACACCGGCCAGGAAGCGUCAUCCCCUUCAGGAGAUGAAUUGGUGGAGUUCUUGAUGGAGUUCGCCCGUUGGGAUCCCUCCCAGAAUCCAUCCGAUGACAGGACGGAGGUCAUGAGAGCCCUUAUGAUGACCUGCAAGAAACAGCCAAUCAGAAACGAGAUUGCUGCAGGACCAAAAGUGGAUCAGGCUGUGAAUGCCACCUGGGCGGCCAUGGUGUAUCACACACCUGCACUUCACAAUAGUCUUAAGAACUUUGUUUAUAAAAAUGGUCAGACCAGCCUCAGUGAUGACGUCAUGCAGGUUUACUCCCUCGCAGAUAGCAUUCGAACUUGGAUGUUGGAGAUGAAACAGCGCUACCUUGUGGGUAAAAUGAAUGAACCAGAGGAAAAAGAGGAAGGACAGAAUGAGGUUACGAUGGAGUCUCUUGCUGAGAUUUGCAUCAGUCGAAGUUUGUUCCUCUUUAGAUUCAGCCCAAAUUGUGGAAACUCUCUUCCUGACCAAGAACCCUCCAGAACAGAAGAGGGCGCUUGUGCUGGUCCUCUUCUACGAUCAGUUUCCAUAUCAGAGGGAGACUUCCAGCACAGUACCUCCCCCUCCAUCUCCCAGAUCCCUGAACGCACAGGAGCAGUAACGCCUACGGGGACAGUUCAGCUUGCACAGGUCCAGGGGUUUUCUGCAUCACGAGAUGCCGGGGCUUCCAGCAUGGGGGCAACAGGCUCAUCAGAAAGCCUUCAGUCUCAAACAGGGGAGCCAACGUCUCCGUCAGUCUUCCCACGUAAAGCACCUUUCAGUCGUGGACGCCUAAGGCUUCUUUCCUUGCGAUCUAUGGAAGAGCCUCGCAUGAUACUGCCAGUUAAAGAGCGCUUCCCUAUUGUCAAACACAUCCUCAACUUUAUGAAGGACAUGGUCAUCAGUGAGAGCAGCGUUCUUAAUACUCUGGCCCUGAAGAAAGCCCAGGCUCUGAGCAUCUGUGAAGUUCUGGAGAUCGUGCAGCAGAGUAUUCUCACCUUGGGGAAACCACACCUCUUCCAGGCACCCUGUAUCCUGUUUCUACAGGAACUCUUGGCAUGUCAGAAAGAUUUCACCAAUUACUUCUCUCAGUUGGCGGGCAGUGGGAAGGAGAUGAGGCAGCUGGUCAGACACUCGUAUCAUCAGUUGGUGCUCAUGCUGGUGGAGGCGGUGCAGGGCUUCAAUGCAUUGAAUGAGAAGGUCCUGCUGCCUGCCCUGUCAUGUGUGCAGACAUGCUUGCUGCAUUUACUGGAUAUAAGUUGGGAAGCAGAGGACCUGUCAUUGUUUCUGGGCAUUAAACUGCCUGAUCUUCUUCUCACCAUGUCUCAGGAAAACAUCAGUGUACAUGACAUUGCCAUCAGUAGUCAGUGGACAGAGGAGGAUGAGAUCGCAGACUAUGAGAGGAACUGUGAAUGGAUGGACGAGUGUUUGGAUGGCAUGUUUGAGAAAUGGUUUGACAAGAUCGGCCAGGCCUCACUGGAGGAAAAAAGAAAGAUGCACAUGUUCAUUGCACGCUACUGCGACCUGCUGAAUGUAGAGAUCUCAUGUGACGGAUGUGAGCGGAUUGCACCAUGGCAUCGCUACAGGUGCCUGCAGUGUACAGAUAUGGACCUGUGCAAGACCUGCUUUCUCAGUGGUGCUAAACCUGAAGGUCAUGAGGACGACCAUGAGAUGGUAAACAUGGAGUAUGCCUGUGACCACUGCCAGGGCCUUAUUGUGGGCAGCAGGAUCAAUUGUAAUGUCUGCGAAGACUUCGACCUCUGCUUUGGCUGUUACAACGCCAAAAAGUACCCCGAUAGCCAUCUGCCCACCCAUCGCAUCACUGUCUACCCUAUGGUGACCAUCCGCAUCAGUGACCGCCACAGGCUGAUCCAGCCCUACAUACACAACUACUCCUGGCUUCUGUUUGCCGCGCUCGCCCUGUUCACCUCCGAGCUGGUUAGCGAAAGAGAGCUGGACGGAGAGCCUCUGGAUGAUGUCACUAUGGGUUACGCCGGCGAUCUGCAGACCCGCUGCUCUGACCUCAUCAAUGCGUGCCUGCUGAAGGGACAGACUGGGAAAGGUCUGCGAGCCUCAGCCCUGCUGUCCCUGCUUUCAUCGAAUGAAUCGGUCACAGAGAGUGAACCGUGUGCCCAAACGCCCGACACCUCUCAGGAUACCAGUAGCUUGGAUGCCACCUCUCUUCCCAGCAGCACCACAGCCAUCUGCUCACCGCCGCCACCUGCAGACAGAAAACUGAAAAAGCAGGAUGAGGUUGAAGAGGGUGAGGAAAAGGAAGAGAAGAGGAGAAGGAAUCUGGUCUCUCAUGACACAUCAGAAUCAUCCAGUGUGAGUCAGACACCCUCUGUGUCCAGUGAGGAAACACUGUCACCUGGAGUCGGAGUUUCAGUUUUCGAAUCAAGUGGAGACACUAUCACAUCUCCUACUUCAGAGAACAUAGAUGCAUUUAAAGACCAGGAGAAGACAGCCAGAGGGCCCCUACAGGAACAUGUGUUUGCCGAAUGCUCCAGAGAGAGAAUUCUUGGAUUGUUGGCAGCCAUGUUGCCGGCGGCCAAACCAGGCAGCACACUAUCUUUGUCCAGUCUGAGUCCUAUUUUGCCAUUGCUGUUCCGGGUGGUCAUCUCGAAUGCUGGCUGUCUGAAUGAAACAUACCAUCUGACUCUGGGGCUUCUGGGGCAGCUUCUGCUGAGGAUCUCACCAUCCGAGGCUGAUGCAGCUGUGGUUGAGGCAUUGACCGACAAAUUUGAGCUACUUUCCCUGGGAGAUGCAGCAGCCCUUAAUGUUCAGGGCUGGAAGACCACUCAGUUGCUCUUCAGUCUGGGUGCAGUGUGUCUGGACAGCCGUAUUGGUUUGGACUGGGCAUGCUCCGUGGCAGACAUCUUGCGUAACCUGAACGUUUGCCCUCAAUGGUGUGCGGUUGUGGCAGCUUUUACUGAUCACUGCAUCCAGCAGUUACCACGGCAACUCAAAAGAACCAAUCUCUUCACACUGCUGGUUCUCGUGGGCUUUCCUGAGGUGCUGUGUAUGGGGACUCAGGCUGUGUUCAUCGAUAAUGCCAAUGAAAAACAUAACAUGAUUCUGCUUAAACACUUCACUGAGAAGAAUAGAGCUGCUGUGGUGGACGUGAAGACUCGGAAAAGGAGAACAGUGAAAGAUUACCAGUUAGUCCAGGCACACGACUCCAACAGCGGCAGUGACGUAGAGUCUCAAGCUGCGUCCCCGUCCUCGGCCCACCUGAGCCAAUACCUGAAAAACUUCAUCUCCAUCGUGAGUCACCUGCUGCAGGCGGGGAUGGAGAGCAGCGCCCAAGAUGCUGUGGAGGCAACCUGGGUGCUUUCUCUCGCUCUUAAAGGACUUUACAACACACUGAAGAAGCACGGUGUGGAUCAAGCCCAGGAGGCCAUCCAAGGCUCCGGCCUAAUGCAGCUCCUGGUCCGUAAGUGUAGCAAGGGCACAGGCUUCAGCAAAAUGUGGCUCCUGCGAGACCUGGAGAUCCUCUCCAUCAUGCUCUACUCAUCCAAGCGUGAGAUCCACUCCAUGGCAGAGGACGGAGACACGGAGACGGAUGAAGAGAAGGAGAAAGAGAAGGAGCACGACUCAGAUCAUUCCAGCUGCUGUGCAGACGAUGCGGAUCCAAACAGACCAGAUCCGCUGGAAGGGCUGGAUGAAGAGACAAAGAUCUGUUUCCAGAUUACCCAUGAUGCUCUUAACGCCCCCCUGCACAUCUUAAGAGCCAUGUAUGAGCUUCAGAUGAAGAGGACGGACUCUUUCUUUCUUGAAGUUCAGAAAAGGUUUGACGGUGAUGCUAUAAAAACCGACGAGACGAUUCGUACGCUGGCACAGAAGUGGCAACCAUCUAAAAGACCUCGUUCUGAAGAAAGAAACACCAAGGCGGUCGAUACAGAUAUAAUCAUCGUGCCAUGUGUGUCUAAACCCACCAGGUGUGACCGAGCCACAGAAGAAACGAACGUCGUCACGCAGAAGCUCAUCACCAACACUGAGAGCGACCUACAGCUGAGUUACGCCAAGCAGCGUCGCACUAAGAGCUCGGCUCUGCUGCACAAAGAGCUGGACGCCCGCAGCAACAAGGCAGUCCGGCAGUACCUCUUUAAAGUGAACGAAGCCAUCGCCAUCCUGUACGCACGGCACGUGUUGGCGACACUGCUGGCAGACUGGCAUGCCGACACUCCCAUCAGGGAGGAAGACCUGGAGCUGACCGGUGCUUCUCACAUGGCAUACAUCCUGGACAUGCUGAUGCAGUUGGAGGAAAGACCAAUGUGGGAGAAAAUCUUGCAAAAGGUCCUGAGGGGCUGCAGCCAGAGCAUGCUGGGUAAUCUCUCACUCACAGCGUGUCAGUUUAUGGAGGAGCCCGGGAUGGCAGUGCAGGUCCGGGAAUCCAAGCACCCCUAUGACAACAACACAAACUUUGCGGAUAAGGUGCACAUACCCGGGGCGAUCUACCUGUCCGUGAAGUUUGAUUCGCGCUGUCACACAGAGGAAGGAUGUGAUGAGCUCUUAAUGUCCAGCACCAGUGACUUCCUGCAAGACUUGCACACUUUUAGCGGUUCUCAUCAGAAAUGGACUGACUUUGAGAUUCCAGGGGACACACUUUACUACAGGUUUAUAUCAGAUAUGAGUAACACAGAAUGGGGCUACAAAUUCACUGUGACUGGUGGGCAUCGAGGGCGCUUCCAGACCGGUUUUGAGAUCUUGAAGCAGAUGCUUGCUGAUGAGCAAGCCCUUACUCACUUACCACUGACUGACAUCUGGGAGUGGCAGGUGGGCGUGGCCUGUCGGCAAACAGGAAACCAGAGGCUGAAAGCCGUUCACCUGCUACUGCGGCUUCUACAGUGUCCGUCUCAAUGGGGUUGUGACCUUACUCUUCUGAGGCCUCUCUGGCAGCUCUUUACCUCUAUGGAAGGUGGUUUGAGUCAGGACCCCACCAGCAUCACGGUUCUCCUUCCCCUUCAUCGGGCUCUCACUGAGCUCUUCUUCAUUGCUGAAGCCAAGGCUAUGGAUCAGGGCAUUUUGCAGGAGUAUCUACUUGCUCUCACUACAAAUGAACAACUGGUAGUGCAAACUGCACAGGCUCUGAAAAACAUAGCAGCCAUCAGCCUGGCCAUUAAUUACCCGAAUAAAUCCACUAAGCUGCUCAACAUGUCCCCCUGAAAGAGGGAUGAAAGCGAGGGAGAUGAGAGGAGGAAAGCCUGCCAGAUGCCCACAGGAACAGUCUACUGUGGUAGUUGAUGGCCGCGGCGGGCGACAUCCACGUAUGGUCUUCCAGAAAAAAAACACCUGUGAAUUCAGCCCUUUGCCGUUUAAUCAUUUGGUGGGGGGCAGAGCGAUGCCUCUUGACGUAUUUUGGUACCAGUUACGGCCAUCACGGGACCCUUUGUGAAUCAUCCCGGCCAUAUAAUUAGAAAAGCCUUUUAUUAUUGCUAAAUAUUGGCUCGGUUGAAAAAGUAAGUUACAGCGCGGUCAACAAAAAGAUUUUUUCUUUCUUUUUUUUUUGUUGUACCUCAGCUUUAACAGUGAGAUCUAUUCGGUUAUCCGUGCCAAGGCGCUCUGCAUUUUUUUUUUUAUAUCAUCCUUCGUCAUAUUUUCUUAAAAAGCCACAGAGGGUAAAACAAUCGAUCAAAGUAAAAGGAGGUCACCUUUUCCUGCAUCACACACCCUCCCUGGACACGCUGCCUAAAAAUACGAAGCUGCCAGUGCAGUGUCAUCCGUCAGAGUGGCCCGAAACUUCAAACCGCAGUGGAACAACCUAUACUGCUCACUAUAUAUAUAAAAAUAUCUAACAAAUCUCACUGGGCUUAUUGUACCAGAAUAUAAUGAGCUGAUGUGAUCAUACUUGAAAACCAAAUGUCAGCUUACGUGUAAAGGUAUAGUUCACUUAAAAAUCUGCCAUCAUUUACUCACCCACAUGUAACAAAAUGAGUUGUCUUUUCCGAACAACGAAAGCGGAUUGGGAUGAUGGACUGCUCUGGUCACCAUCCCCGGAUAUUCUGCUGGAGAACUUGUAUUGCGUGCACUGCAAAAAGAAGAGACAACUAGGUUUGAAGUUACACGAGAAUGAGUAAAUGACUACAUUUUUUGGCGUUUGUUUGUUUUUUGCAUCACUUUAUGCAUGGUAGACGAAGUACCUAAGAAAAAGUUUUAUGUGCCAUGUAAACAUAAGGCGCCAUUUGCCUUAAGCUCAAAUGAUCUUGCUAAUGAUUGUGGAUCAGUUAGGAAAUCAAAACAUGCCCAGACUAAACAGAGGGGGAAUGUAAGUGAUUACUCCCCCAAAACUCAUUUAUAAUGCAGCACACCACCAUUUCCAUUGAGGGAGCAUCAUAUACAAAAUUCCACUUUAUGUUGUGCUGGACAAAAACAUGGCAGUACCAUAAGUGAAGUCGUUUCAAUGACCUGUUAACAUUUCUUUUUUAGAGCUGAAAGAUGAUCAUUAUCAAACUACAUAGUGGUUAUGGAAAAAUGUAUACUGUAUUUAUUACUAUUACAGGAAUGUUACUGGGUAAAUCUUGAGUGAAAUGUAUGAUCGGGUAAUAGAGUGAGAUUUAUUCGUUGCCAUUUUGCUGGUCAGGGAAAGCUUAUUUUUUGGUUGUAAUUGUUAUAUUAGUAUAUUUUAUAUAUAAUUAUCUUUUUGUUGCUUUGUAGCUUGUUUCUUUAUUUUAAAUGAAUGGUGUAAGUCAGGCAUGUGAUCAUUAUUUUUUAUUUCAUUUUGAUUUAGUUUUAUUGGGUGAAAGAGAACUGUAAUGGAUAUCUAUGCCAAAGAAUUAUUCGUGUUUAAAAGAAAAGCAUUAGAUGAACACAAAGAAAUUCGUAUUUAUCUUCCAAUAGCAGUUGUAUUUUCUGGGGGAUCUUACUGUAUAUUUGGGUGGCUGGUGUUUUAGUAGAGAUAAAGCAGAAGGUUAUUCUGAAGAGAUGGAGUUCAGCUGCAGAUACAGAUCCUUUAGUCCUUAAGGUUUUUGUUUACACGUGUAGUAUGGAGCACAUGCUACUGUUGUUCGGGUGGUUAUUCAAAAUGUCUGCCAGGAAGACUUCCUGUCUGUAUGAAGCCUCAGAUAUUAACAAACUAUGUGCCUAUGUUUCAAGUAAAGCAAUGCUAAUUUAAUCUUCAUAUCAUUGUAAAGGUCCUCUCUUUAAGUAUAUUUUUUAAAGAAAAGUAUAUAGUUUAAUUUCAAGCAUUUCUAUUUUAUUUUUAUGAAUGUCUGUUUUGUUUCAGACUUCAUGACUUUAAUUGAUAUUGCUUUGAAAUUAAUUGAAUGUAUAUAAAUGUUAAUAUUGAUAAAUGCAUAAAUAAUUGAUGUGGAAAAUAAUCUUUCAUAUCAGCCCAUCACUUUAAAAAAAUGUAUAUUGUUGUAAGUUUCCAAUUUUGGAUUUAUUUGCUAUGGCAUGCAAAAGGAAACACAAAUGCUAUGGGUUUAUUGCUAAUUUGUUUUUAAUUAAAAAAGCAAGAAAUUCA